GUCAUGAAGCAUUCGGGUCAGAAGGGUACUAAAAACACGCUUCAGCAUGGGAUAGGACCUUUCCUGGUCAUAGCCCAGUUCUUUGGCGUUCUGCCGGUGUCGGGAGUCUGGCCAAGUUCCCGUUCUGACAAGGUUCGCUUCCGCUGGCUUUCAUUGUCUUUACUGGCUGCUCUGGUUUUAUUUGUCUUCUCCAUUGUGGACUUUGCCUUGUCCUCCAAAGUGGUGCUUGAUCAUGGCUUAAAGAUAUAUACUAUAGGCUCCCUUAGCUUCAGCGUAAUCUGCAUCUUCUGCUUUGGGGUUUUCCUCCUACUCUCCCGUCGGUGGCCCCACAUUAUCCGCCGGACAGCUGAGUGCGAGCAGAUAUUCCUAGAGCCCGCCUACGAUUGCAAAGCAGGGCGUCGCUACUCCCGGAGAUUCCGUCUUUGGGGUGUGGGCCUCCUGGUGGCCGCUCUUUGCGAGCACUCCACCUAUGUGGGCAGUGCCCUGUACAACAACCAUUUGGCGAUUGUGGAGUGCAAGCUGAAUGUGGACUUUUGGCAGAACUAUUUCCAGCGCGAGCGGCAGCAGCUUUUUCUCGUAAUGCACUUUACAGCCUGGUGGAUACCUUUCAUAGAGUGGACCACCCUAUCGAUGACAUUUGUGUGGAACUUUGUGGACAUCUUUUUGGUUCUGAUAUGCCGAGGCAUGCAGAUGAGAUUCCAGCAGCUGCACUGGCGCAUACGCCAGCAUAUGGGACAGCAAAUGCCUAAUGAGUUUUGGCAAAAGAUUCGCUGUGAUCUUCUUGAUUUGAGUGACCUGCUGGGACUCUACGACAAGGAGCUGUCCGGACUGAUUGUGCUGUCCUGUGCCCACAACAUGUACUUUGUGUGUGUGCAAAUUUAUCAUAGCUUUCAAUCCAAAGGCAACUUUGCCGAUGAGCUGUACUUCUGGUUCUGCCUUUCCUAUGUCAUAAUUCGUGUAACCAACAUGAUGUUUGCCGCCUCCUCCAUACCCCAGGAGGCCCGAGAGAUAUCCUAUACGCUCUAUGAAAUUCCCACAGAGUUUUGGUGCGUGGAACUGAGGAGACUCAACGAAAUCUUUCUGGCUGACCACUUUGCCCUAACUGGCAAGGGUUAUUUCCUGCUAACCAAACGUUUAAUAUUUGCAAUGGCUGCCACCCUGAUGGUCUACGAACUCGUCCUGAUCAACCAAAUGGCCGGCUCUGAGGUGCAGAAAAGCUUCUGUGAGGGCGGCGUGGGCUCCUCCAAGAGCAUAUUCUCCUAAUCCGAUUUUUUCGCUUAUUUUGCACCU